AACAAAAAUAACACUCGAGUGUCUAAAAGACAUUUCAAAAAUGUUCCACAUUUUUUGGAGACGUCUGUUAGAUACUCUGUUGUCUGGAAAUUUCAUAUGUUCGCAGGAAAAGAAUAUGGUGAUGUUUUACGACAAUAAUACGAAAGUCGGCGGUAUUUGCGGCGAGCUGUGGUAUCUUCUUGCGGAUUAUCUGAAUUUUACGUUUGUUCCGAUAAAAACUACGAAUCGAGAUUUCGGUCAGAGAACAGAAAAUGGCAGUUAUAAAGGUCUAGUUGGCAUGCUUGCACGUGACGAAGUACAAGUAAUCCUGAGAAGCGGAUUUUUUAAAGCUCGUAUGAACGUCGUGGACUAUACGAUACCUCUUUGGAAAAGCACGUUUCAUAUUUAUGUUCAACCGGAACGGCUAUAUGAUAAUAAGUGGGUAUUUACGCUGUUUUCCCCGAAAACGUGGUAUUCUAUAGUUUUCCUGUUCAUCAUUAUAAGCUGCGUCGGUUAUUUUUUACAAAAAAUACCGACCGAUUCUAAACGCAAGAAGAAAGACUGCACAAAUUUCAGUCUAGGCGAUCAUUUUUUCCAUUCUUUCGCUAUGAUGUGUGCGCAAGGCUAUAUACCUGACGCUUAUCACAACAAAUUCAAGAUCUUGUCGCUAUCGAAAAGCAUAUUUGCGUGGCUAGUAUUGUUAGCCUUCAGCUCCCAUCUCAUAUAUCGCAUGACGAAUAGAGAAACGACGUUGCCGUUUACAGACAUAGAAACACUUUUUAACAGUACUAAAUAUGUUCUAUUAGCAUUCCGUGGUUCUUUCCUCUUCAAUUACCUUCAUAAUAAAUAUGGAAAUAAUACAACUGGCCAAAAUCAGCGCAUACAUUUCAUAGAUAUCGCAGAGGAAAUGCAUAGGAAAAUCUGCGACAGCAUGAAAAAUUACGCGUUGUUUGAGAUCGAGGAUCGAUUUAUGGCAUUAAACAGGUACGGCUGCUCGCUUCAGUCUAUAGGCAAUUACAAUCAGACUUGGAUAACGUUCGCACUUAAGAAGGACUUCCGCUACAAGAAAACCAUUGACUCAACACUUAUCAAAUUCAACGAAGUCGGUAUAAUGGACGCUCUAAAGGAUCGUUGGCUAAAUAUCAGGCUAGAAAAUAAAGAACAAAACAAGUUCAAAACGAUCGAUUUGCAUCAAGUGCACUUGAUUUUUCUAAUACUCUGUUGCGGAAUACUCAUCUCAUUUACAAUACUCAUUCUAGAGAAUAUAAAAUAUUAUUAUGAUACGAAGAACGUUCGACGCAGACGUAGACGUUAAGAAAUAAGCAUUUGAUAUAUUUGGAGGAAACUGUACAUGAAUCUAAAUACAUAUGUGGAAAACCGAAUAAUAAUUAUUUUAGCGAAUAUCCCUCUGUUACUUCAUAAUUUAUUUAUAUUGCCUUUCUAAUAUAUACUAAUUAUUUUUCUAUUAUAUGCACAAUUUAUAUUGCAGUUGUAUCGGGAAAUUAUAAUAUAUGACCUUAUAGAGUUGGCCUUCGUCAUUUCAACGCACGCAUUAGUUUUGCCAUGACAAAGUAUCAAUAUGCUAUUAAAGCAUGACAUUUCGCAGAUUGUAAUAACAGAUAUAAUUAAUUAGUUUAUGAAUUUAAAACAUAAGUACGUAAUAAAA